AUGGGCAAUUGCUUAUCCAUACAAUGUGGUUUCGAGAAUUUCAUCAUUCGAGGCUGGGAUUCCAUUGUCGGCCAGGCUAAUUAUGUGCGCAAGCUAAAGCAAACUCUUGCAACUUUAUCUGCGGCUCUUGAAGAAAUGAGGGUUCACAGGAACGACGUGCAAAGAGAGGUCGAACUGGCUGAACAACGGUCACUGAUGCGACUUGAGCGAGUUCAGCUAUGGCUUUCGAAAGCGCAAACUAUGAUAGCAGAGGCUGAAAAUUUGAUUGCAGAUGGUCCACAAGAAAUAGAUAACCUGUGUCUAGGCAGCUGCGUUUCCAAGAAUUGUGUGGCUAGCUACAAGUUUGGGAAGAAAGUGGCCAAAAUGCUUCGAGACAUAAAAGACCACAUGAGUAAAGGUGCUUUUGAGAAGGUAGCAGAGAGUCAGCCUGUAGCUUCUGUGGUAGUGAGACCUGAUGAACAGCCAAUUUCUCUUGAAUCCACGAUUGACGACGUAUGGAGAUGCAUCAUGGACAAAGAUUUGGGGAUCAUUGGCCUCUACGGCAUAGGAGGUGUUGGAAAGACAACACUCUUAACCCAAAUCAACAACAAGUUCAGCACUACGCCUAAUCAUUUCGAUGUCGUAAUUUGGGCCCUGGUGUCUAGAGAUUACAAUGUUGAAAAUAUUCAAGACAGGAUUGGUGUGAAAAUUGGUGUUUUGGGUGGAUCAAAUAAAAGUGUUGAGCAUAAAGCUGAGAAUAUCUAUGGGAUCUUGCGCAACAAGAGAUUUGUUGUAUUAUUGGAUGAUUUAUGGGAGAGGGUGGAUUUGAACAAAGUUGGGAUUCCAAAACCAACCCAAGAAAAUGGUUCCAAACUUAUUUUCACUACUCGAUCGUUAGAAGUUUGUGGUGAAAUGGAAGCUCGAAAGAUAGUUAAAGUGGAGUGCCUGAAACCAGAAGAGGCUUGGAAAUUGUUCCAAGACAAGGUUGGAGAUGAAACCCUCAACAGCCAUCCAGAUAUUCCGAAACUAGCUGAACAAGUAGCCAAAGAGUGUGGUGGACUGCCUCUUGCAUUGAUUACAAUCGGCCGUGCUAUGGUGUUCAAGACAACUCCCGGGGAAUGGAAAUAUGCUAUCGAGAAGUUGAAGCGAUCGAUGUUACCUAAAAUGGAAAAGGAGGUAUAUCCGCUUUUAAAAUUCAGUUAUGAUAAUCUGACUCCAACAAUGAAAUGUUGCCUCCUAUAUUGUUGUCUGUAUCCUGAAGAUUAUCAAAUUCCAACAAAGACAUUAGUGGAAUACUGGUUUUGUGAAGGGUUGUUGAAUGAAUUCGAUAGAAUUAGUGAAGCUCAAAUGCAAGGAGACCACAUUAUCAACUCUCUUCUUAGUGCAUGUUUAUUGGAAAGAGCAGAAGAAUCAUUUGAUGGAAAAGAAUAUGUGAAGAUGCAUGACGUGAUCCGAGACAUGUGUUUAUGGAUAGCAUGCGAGCUUGAAGCAGAAGAAAAAAGCUUUUUUGUAAAAGCAGGGGCUCAAUUAUUUGAAGAGCCAGAUGUUAAGGCAUGGGAUGGUGCAAAAAGAAUGUCCGUGAUGCAAAAUCAUAUUAAAGUUCUGAGAGAAACACCUAAAUGUGCAAACCUUCGAACUUUAUUUCUUAGAAAAAAUGAGUUGCAGGUGAUCAGCGACGACUUCUUUCAGUUCAUGCCUCAUCUAACCGUUUUGGAUUUGUCGGUGAACAUAUGUUUAGAAGCACUACCUAUUGGAAUUUCACAAUUGAUUUCUCUGGAAUGUAUUGAUAUAUCGAGGACCGGUCUAAGAGAGUUUCCAAUGGAGUUGAAAUCCUUGACAAAACUGAAAAUGUUGGACUUGAGUGACAUGCACUCUCUCAGAAAAAUCCCUCAACAUUUGAUAUCUAGUUUUUCCAAGCUGCAAAUAUUCAGAUUGUGGUAUAUGUCAGAAGGAUAUCAGGAGGAAGACAAUGUUCUGGAUGGGGAUAAUAAUGAAAAGCUUAUAGAGGAAUUGAAAAGUUUGCAACAUUUGAAGAUACUAAGGAUACCACCAAUAAGAAGCAUGUCAGCUUUAGAAAGAUUUCUAAGCAUCCACUUGCUUCGAUGCUGCACCGAAGCACUAGAGUUGAGAGAUUUCAGGGAGUCAAUUGUGUUUGAUGUUUUAUGUUUGGAAAAUACGGAGCGUCUGGAGAGAUUACAUAUCUUGCUCUGUGAAAAUAUGGAGGAGAUGCAGAUUGGAACACAACAUAGCAGGGUUUCUCUUAUUACUGAUUAUACUACUCUCUUUUACACAUUGAGGGAAGUUAGAAUUGCAAAGUGUCAAAAACUGAAGGACGUUACCUGGCUGAUUCUUGCUCCAAAUCUAAGGUCUGUUGAGAUUGUUGCGUGUGUAAAAAUGGAAGAAAUAUUGAGUAAGAGUAAACUUGGAGAAGUUGCAGAUGUGGUCGGAAUUCCAUACCCUACACCAUUUAUGAAGCUUGAAAAUCUUCAUUUAUCCUCUCUACCAGAAUUGAAGAGCAUAUACUGGGGUGCCCUGCCCUUCCCAUGUCUGAAUCAUAUUCAUACACUAAACUGCCCGAAACUGAAGAAGCUUCCCCUCAACUCCGACAGCGCAAAAGGGAAUCACGUCACCAUUAAGGGACUUCGAGAAUGGUGGGAGGAGCUAGAAUGGGAGAAUGAUGCCAGUCGACGUGCUUUUCUGCCCUCUUUGAAAUUAUUCUAGAACUCUUUACAGGCUGACUUU